CGUGGUCUACAUUCGUCGAGUCCCACUAAUCAGACGUUUUGAGUGAAUGACGACAAGACCCUGUCACCCGAGCAGGAGGAAUUCCGAGCUCACCUCGUCGCCUGGAUGCAACGAAGACUUCACCAUUUGCAGCUCAGCCCCUGAUCCACAGCAGCAGCAGCACUCGUACACAAUGCUGGAACAAUGUGUCACAGCGCGAGAUUCAGUGUCAUGAUUCCCUGGUGGGAAUUUAUGGGUCUGUCAGGAUGACUGUGUCUCAGAUAGUUACACACCUUCACGCACCAAGAGUAGCCUCUGGAAGAUUAAUGGCAGCUGGAAGAGCACUCACAUGCUCCAGGAUUCGACGCAUUGCAGGUGGGCUGGCCUUCUGCUUCGGGCAGAGCUCACCUUCAGUGACUGGAGUAAGCAGGAAAUGAAGAGCUUAAGGAGAGCAUCCACCGGGCGGAUGCUGCUACGAAGUUCGCUGUGUGGUGGAUAAUGCAAUGUACACAAUGAAUUGGUAAAGUCUGUCCUCGGCAAGGGGUCACAUUUCUGGCGAUUCUGCAAUGGGGCCAUGUUUGCCUCUCGAGGAGAGCUGUGCUGCUGCUGGGCAUGGGGCAGAUAGAGCUGGGCAAUUGGCGCCGGGAUUGCGUAGACUGGGGAUAAUGAAGAGGCGGUAGGGGAUUUCAGUGAGUCUUUGAAAGCUUCAGAGCUUCAUGUAUGGAGGAAGGACUUGCUAAGCAGGGUGAGAAGCAAGUGGCUCGCGCCAUGCCAGGGCGCCCCGCGCCCGACACGAGACCGUAUCGUCCUCCGCCUCGCAAUUCCUCUCAAGCCCGGGACCCUCAGGAGCCCAAUCCUUACCCGAGAAUAGUGGAGUCUACAACCUCGACCUUUGAAGCGUCUGGCCGCAUUGCUAAUUCUACCGCUGCCCCUUCUGAUGUCCCAUCUCGUACGCCAUCUCUCGAACGGUGGAAGGCUCCGUCUGCGUAUCGUCCUCCAUCUGCGUCCCCGGAUCCGAGGGCAUCAUCUGCGAGGUCUCGUAGUGUUGUCGACUACCCCUCGCCAGCCUCGCCAAGUUCUUCAGAGGCUGUAAGAAAUUCACCAAAAUCGUAUAUAUCGCCAACCCGGUCCAUCUACAGGCCUCCAGCUCCACUAGGCGCAGCUUCCAACUCUUCUGUAACCUUAUUACCUGUUGAAGGAGCAUCAUCUGUCCCUACUGGAGUGACUACUUCUACAGCUCCGAGUGAAUCUGAUGAUCGACCUGCGGCAGAACCGAGCUUCGUCACUCCCUCAUCAGCGACCGCUGCUCCACGUUCCGAAUCUUCCAAGUCUCAAGGACUGAAGAUAAGAUGUUCGAAGUGUGGGAGCAAGGGUCAUCUAUGGAAGGAGUGCCCGGACGAUCGAAAAUGUGCGCGUUGUUCGGAUCCAGACAAUACGCAAGCGUGCCAAACUGUGGUGAUCCGGACCAGGAUGAUGAAAGAAUGCAAAGAUGAGGGUGACCUUCGUCAGUUGCGCAAGCUUCUCAGUAGUUUAAAGAGCGACGGGCAUAAACCAACAGUGCACUCUUACUCGAUGCUUCUCAGCCUCUUGAUUUCGAAAGGGCAAAUGCAAGAGGCACAAAGUGUGUUGAAGACCAUGGAAGAAGAAGGGGUGGUGCCUGAUACAAUCUGCUUCAACACGAUUCUGAACGGAUGGUGCUCGCUCGGAAGGUUAGAAGAAGCGAAGGCUGUCCUGGAGCAAUUGAAGGACAGACAAUACAAGCUCACGACGAGCACCUACAACACUUUGAUAAAAGGGUUUGGAUUGGCCGGGCAAGCUGCAGAAGCCAUGAAGCUUCUCCAGCAAAUGAUCUCUGACGGUGUCGCUAAACCCAACAAAGUAACUUACAAUAUUUUAAUCAAUGCCUGGGCCAAAGUGAAGAAUGUCGAGCAAGCACGCUGGGUCCUCAACCUGAUGCGCACUGCAGGAUUUUCUCCAGACGUUGUUACAUACAACACCAUAGCCAAAGCCUAUGCCGAGCUUCGAAGAAGCUUUGAGGCUGAGCGGGUGCUCGAAGAGAUGCAAAAUGCUUACAUUCGUCCGAACGAGCGUACUUAUGGCAUAAUUAUAAACAGCUACUGUGAGACAGGAAGACCCGAAGAAGGGCUCGCCCUUUUGGACCGAAUGAAAAUCGACGGCGUUCGGUGUAACCUUCCAAUAUACAACAUAUUGAUUAAGGGGUUUUCCGAGCUGUACCAACCUGAGAACGUCGACAAGGUUUUGAGACUGAUGGAAGCUAGCGGUGUGAAGCCCGAUGUUCAGAGUUUUAGUCUAGUGAUGAACGUGUGGUGCUCAUCAGGAAGUGUAGAGGAGGCCCGAGCUGUAUUAAAUCAGAUGCAAACGGUGCACAAAGUGCGUCCAGACGUCACGGCAUACACCAUAUUGGCAAAAGGUUAUGUGAGAGCCAGGAGACCAGCUGAAGCAGAAGGUCUUCUCGCAGAAAUGAGAGACCAGGGACUGAGACCGAAUGUUUACACUUACACAACCGUGAUCAGCGGCUGGUGCAAUGUGGGGAACAUGGACGACGCCUUCCGUAUCUUUAAGGACAUGCAGAGCCGUGGUGUCCGUCCUAAUCCCAACACAGUGAACACUCUGAUAUGGGGCUUUAGUGAAGCCAAAGAGCCCCAAAGGGCUGAAGAAGUUUUGGAAGCUCUUAAGCAAGUGGGUAUAUAUCCUGAUCGGAAGUGCCUGGAGCUGGUGGCUGAAGCUUGGAGAUCGCUUGGGCUCCCUGCAGAGGCCAGACGCGUCCUACGGAAUGAAGGAUUUUUGAAUGCUGAUUCUGAUCGUAAUUCGCUGAAAACACGCUUUGAUUCGAUGACUGUCCGGAGAGAAGCUGGACUGGACAUGAACACCCAAAGCAAAGUUAGUCUGGACACCGAGGCGACGGAAGUUAGACCUUCCGGGCGUUUACCUCAGAUUGUUAUAAAUUCUCUUUACUCACCGAUGCUGGCAGAGGGUGCGGCCCGAGGUCAGCACCGAGUGCGAGGGAGUAUGAGUGCCCUUGCGUUUCUUUACAGGUCCAAAACUUGUUGGUUAGGCCCAAAAUCAGAGCUGCAGGCCUUCAAAGCUCGAGGCCAGUCGAUUGGUAUUCCAGUGGGCAUGCCACCAUGGACAGCUUUGGCGCUUUCUGUAUCGCAAUGUCAAUGUAGACUAAUGUGUAGAGUAGUAGAUCAAAGACGACCGGCAUCCAUUCUUGCGGGAGCAGUUCCUGUACGACCAUCACUAUUGUCUGUGGUCAUCAACUGAUAAUUCAAGUUGGAAAUGGAGUAGGCAUAUCUGGUCAUCAUCAUGUCCUCAAUGGCUAUUAUACUCUCCCAAUUUCUCUUGCUA